CAAAACGAAUCUUUGGGAAUCACGUGCUUCGAGAUCUUUUCGCAUUCUUCCGGAGCUUUCCGAGAGCGAAUCCUGUCACAGAGUACCGUUCCACUGUCGCAGUAAGUUACGGAUGGCGAACGGGAAUGACUCGCAGAUCUGCCAACGACGCUAGUAGAGUAUGCUACCCUUUGAGUGAAGUCGACCAAAAAAAGAGGUCUUCUAGUUAUCCAGAAAGGGCCCGUCUCGAUGAUGCCACAGGGAGCCAUCCAGAGAUGCCCUACAAAAUUUUUAAUGGAGCCCGUUCCUUGCGCGUCUCGAGUGCGAGGGAUCAUGCCUGCAUCCACUUCGAGCAUGGAUAAUCUCCACCAUUCCAUGCAUCAUCAUCACUUGAUCGUUCCGGCAACACUAUUGGGUGGAACGGCAGUCGUCUACCAUCGAUUGAUGGCAACGCAUAGUACAAGUCAACUUUCCCCACUAGCAGCACUUUACAUGAUACUCCUGGCCGUUCAGUAUGCCGUACAGCCCAGAUUGAGCAAAAAAUAUAUUAAAAAAAAUACGAGUAAAGUCGCCACGGCGCUCACCGAAGAAAUUACCAAGAGUUGUUUUGCCGCAGCGCUCUUUUUAUGCACAUCAAAGGAUCUUCGAGCAACGCUAGCCACUUGGACUCUGCAAAGAUCCCUGCGAACGGCCGCAGUGCCUGCUGUAUUGUAUGCUGUACAGGGGGUUUUACAGUACCAGUCGCACCAACAUUUGGAUGCCGUUUCCUUCAACGGACUCCAGCAAACCAAGACCCUAUCGGCAGCAUUUUUUUGUUGGCUGCUGUUGAAACAAUCCCGGACGAUUCUACAGGUAACAGCCCUUCUUUUGCUGUUUGGGUCGGCGCUUCUCUUUCAACAGCAACCCUCCAUUGCUGUCCGAAAGGAGAGUGCUGAUGUGGCAAAUGCGAAAGGAAACAGAUUAUGGCAAGGCGUCUUGCCUUGUUUAGCAGCGACACUGAUUUCAGGACUAGCUGGGACCCUUUCGCAAAAAGGUCUGCAGUUUCAACAAAAUGUGGAUACGAAUCCAUUCUUUUACGCCUUGGAAGUGUCCAUCUAUUCGUCCGCGACACUCGCAGCGCAGCAAUUGAUUCAAUCCGGCGGGUAUUCUGCUCCAAAAGAUAGGCUGCUGAGUUGGCAAAUGCUCAUCCCUGUGGUCUUCAAGGCGGCGGGUGGAAUCCUGACCGUCUUGGUACACAAACACACGGGUACUGUAAGCAAAGGAUUUGCUCUUACCUUUGGACUCGUCCUGGCAGCAUGUAUCGAGAGCACUACCACGAAGACGCACCUGGCACAUCACCAAAUAUUUGGAACCCUACUUGUUAUUACAGCUGGACGGCUACAUUUUGCAGCAGCAUCGACACAUUAACA